AUGCUACUGCGUUCAUCGAUACUAGGUCUUUUCGUAGCCCUAGCUGCCGGAGAUGCUAUCAUACCCCAUGCAGUUGGACAGUACGGUGUAGCAACGUCUCAAGCGUUGCUCGUCGAUCACUCACGCAAGGAUCCUUACGCCGCGGAAGCAGGCUUGGAUAAGGACCGCGAGCUCAUGGUCUCCGCCUUCUACCCGACAAGUCUCUACAAGGACUGUGUCAAGUACAGGUCACCAUACAUGCCAUCAGUCUCUGCAGAAUUUUACGACACCACCUACGGGGCCCUUGGGAUCCCGAACGGCACUUUCGCAUCUUUGACCAUGGAGCACUGCCGUCAAACGAACCGUGGAUCUAUCGCGGGGAAAACAUUCCCCAUUGCUCUGUUCUCUCCAGGAGCUGGCAAUUCACGGCUGAUAUACAGCGCAAUGGCGCAGUCGAUCGCCAGUGAAGGCUUUGUCGUUAUUGCAAUCGACCAUCCCUACGAUGCGGAUAUCGUGGAGUUCCCAGACGGGUCAACCAUACUUGCGGCCAACAUGACCACCGAUGAAGAUUUCGCACAUUCAGUCGAUGUUCGCGCCCAAGAUGUGAGCUCUGUGCUUGACCAUCUCGAAUCUGAAAGCAAGUGGGUAUCGCAACUUCUCCCGGGUAUCUCUUGUAACCUCAACACCUCGGAGCCUGUUGUAAUGUUCGGCCACUCACUGGGCGGCGCGACAGCCGUUGCAGCAGCAAUAGCGGACUCGAGAUUGACUGCUGCGAUCAACCUAGAUGGGUCGAUGUUCGGCCGUGCAUUGUCAGAAGGAUCCAAGGUACCCAUGCUGCUGGUUGCUCAUGAUGGCAAGAACAUCACCACGGACCCCAGCUGGGAUGCGACCUGGAAAGCGACCAAGCACACGCCGAAGCUCGCUGUGCAAAUCUUGACCACUGAGCACGGAAGCUUCACCGACUUCCCAAUGAUUCUCGAUGUGGUCGAGGGCGUACCGCAAUCAUUACGCGAUCAGCUUGUUCCUUUUGUUGGUGCUUUGCCUGGACUGGUAGGAAGGGGGAUUGUAAGCAAGCUUGUGGGGCAGUUUUUCGAAUUCGCCCUCGGCCAGUCCAAGUCUGCUCUGCCUAGCUUGAGCCGCAAUGACUCGGAUUUGGUAGAGGUGCUGGGUAAACAUGUGAAGAUCUGA